CAAGAAAUUGUCCGGUGUAACAAUAUGUUUGACUGAAUUAAGCAUUUGAGUAUGAAAUUAAUUAAAUUAACGAAGUUUCAUUCGUUAAUUGUGUUAUUUUUUGCCAAAACGAUUGUAAAAUAACCUGGUGUGAAAGUGAGAAAUGAAAAUCCCCUAGAUUUGAAAUAACAAUUUUCGAGAAUCAAAGUUUGGGUCCUGUAAAUUUGCGUGUGUUUAACCGAUUCUAUGUUACAGCGCUUAUAAUGUCGUAGCGGCCGAAAUUGCAGUGUUUCCCCCGUGAAAUUCCGAAAUUUCCACCAUGAAAAUUCAAGUUUGACAGAAGUGACGGUUAGGAUGGUUCGUCGUAAGAAAAACUUUCGUAAAAAUGUUGAUAACGACGACAUGGAGGCGACUUUGGUCUCCAGUGACGACAAGUCGGGCCCCACGCCCGCCACAACCCCCCAGUGCACGCCCCGACAGCCCCCCAUCCGGAGCACCCCCAUGGCCAAGCGGCGGCGCAGCCUCAACCGCACGCUGAACGUGACGAACUUGAACAUUCUGUUCGACUCGAGCUACAUAAACCAGGGGACGCCGCCCCCAGCCCCCCACGACUCCUUCCACUCGAUCACCGAGACGCCGCGAGCGAGUCACGGCCCCCCUGAGCCCAAAAGUAAAAUCCACUAUUUGGACGCUAACGUAAACUUAAACCCGUAUGCGCGCAACCCCGAGGUGAAAUUUGUGAAGGAGCCGAGUUUGGGCGAAAUAUCGUUUUUCACGCCGAGGCUUUACAAUCAUUUGGCGUCGACGCCGAUCGCCACCAUCCUGAAGGAUUCCCCGAUUAAGGAGAGUCCGAACAACGUCAAGAGUGACGUUGACGUUGUCAAAGUCGAUAAAAUCUCGAAUUUAAUGUGUUGUCAGUCGUCGACUCCGGUGAUCGCCGCCGCCGUCGAAACGGAUCAGCAAAAGCUUCUGAAUCCGCAACGGAGUCGAAAAGUUUCGCCUAAAACUCAUCGGCCGAAGAAUUUCACUAUCGUGCAUAAUUUGUCGGCGCGCGCGCGUAAAUCUAAUUCCGGUUAUCGGACGUUUGUCGCAGAUCGCGAAGAUAAAGCCGGGAUUGAAGUCGUUUUUCAGCGGCUGAAAAGGCUGAGCAGGACCUCGAUCAAGUGGACGUGGAAAAUCGUCGAUUUGUGCAACUACAUCGGGGUGGCCUUGAAAAAGAGUUUUACUUCAAUUUUCAAUGUGUACCGCACUGAAGAGCUCUCCUCCUCUCUCCCCUCAUCGACCACAAUCUGCAAAUGCGAAAUUUACGAAUCGGAGUUAAAAAUUUGCACAUCAGAGAUUGAAUUUUUAAAAUCGGCCCUCGUCCAAAUCCGUAGUCAAGUCGACAUCCAUAAAACCUACGAUCAGGAAAUCACUCAACUCCACUCUGAACUCGCACAACUCAAAGCUGAAGUCUCCUCAAUUUGCGCCCUCAAAACAGAACUGGACGAUUUGAAACAACGCCUCAAACAACCGCCCCCUUGCACACCCCCAAUACCACCACCGCCGCCUCCUCCACCUCCACCGCCACCGGCUCCCAAAACACAAAUCGCCCCAAAGGCGAAAAAAACGAACAGUAAGAGUUGUAAUAAGGAGAAUUCGCGCCCGAUUAUCUCACUCGAUGAUAUCCUCAAGGUGAAGUUGAAGAAGACGACGGAGCGACCGACGCCACUUAGGCGGAGCACGCAGCCGAUGAUUUCGAUGGAGAUGUUGAAGCAGGUGAAGUUGAAGCCGCCGUCUAGACCGCAAACUCCAGUUGGGGAAACGAGUCCGAAUUCGGCUCUGACGCGUUUGUUGAGCGAGAAAAGCGUAUGCAGGGUUAAGAGGUUGAAAAGGGUUGGGGGCUAUAGUUUUGAUGAUGUUUGCAGACGGAACCAGCUGGCGAGGCAGGAGAGGGACAGGACUGUCAGCUGAAUGGUGUGAAUUGAUGGUAUUUUAUUGAUAGUUAUUUUUUUAUAUUGUUUAUUAUGAGCAUAUACGGCGAUUUUUUACUUUUUUAAUUUUAUGGAAGGUGGUUUGAUGAAGCGAUACAACGUGGUUGUAAAUACUCAAUUUUUGGACCUUGUGAUAUAUUUUAAUAAAGAAUUUUACUGAAGAA